UAAUUAUUCAGCGUGAUGCGCUGCGCAUGGGCGUGCUGCUUAUUACCUUGUGCGAUCAUCAUUGAGAAAGCAGCGUCUAACAGACCAGCUCCAGCAUCCGAGAUCUGCGAAGCUAAGAUUAUAUUGUUCCGGCUGUAUUACAAAUUGUAGAGAAGAUGAUGUGGUUUACUCUUAUUGCACCACUUUGUCUGUUGGGCUUUGCUGCUGCCCAGACGUCACUUAGUGUUGUAUCCUGCUUGACUAAAGAGCAAAAUCUUCGAAUGGUCUGCACGUUUACUCCAGCUACAACUCCAGAUCCCAAGCAGAGCGUUUGCUCCUUUACGUCCGAUACGAAACUGGUGGCCUCUUCUGAUGCCAGCGCUGUCCCAGACAACCUCUACAAGAACCGUGGCGCAGUCAAAUUUGAUCAGAAAACGUGUCAGCUGGAUCUGAAUGGUUUCUCAAACGACAAACCCCAGAACUUUACCUGCAGCAUCAAACAGACUGCCUCGGCCCCUGCUUUAAAAGUAGCAACUGUGGAGAAGAGUAAGCUAGUUACCUGUUCUGCCUGGUGUAUCCUGCAGCACAGUGCAGUAGUAUUCCUGCUGGUUUUCCUCACCUCUCCACUAACAUUAGAGCUUCUGUGAGCUGCCUGUGGAUGGAAUGGUCCUUUGUUACUCAACCAUCCUAAACCAAAAUUCUCUAGCUUGUUGUACUCUGUGUAGCAAAAAUGUCAGUUAAUUAAUUAAACCAAGGUAUUCGAUAACUUUCCAUGGGGUUUUCAGAUAUUAAAAGUAUGUGCUUGCCUGGGUGAUGCUGCUGUUAUAUAUAUACUGUUAUGUGAUGCAUAUCCUAAAAGGCUUAAACCUCAUGUUAAAGCAUGCAUUGUAAACUAUGCCUGUGGGACUGGGUUUAUUUUCUUUAAGAAGUAUGUAGUAAAUUGUUGCUUUUUGGCAGACAGUAACUUAAUGUAUGAUGAAUUUUAUGAAAAGUCAAAUUACGGAUCAUGUAAUCAGAAUGCGGUCAUGUGUUGUUAGCACUAAAUAUAAUACCAAAGCCACUGUGUACACCCUGUGUUUGUAAACGGCCUUACGUGAUCUAAUAAAGUACACAAGUUAAGAACGGU